AUCUCUAAACACUCUGCAUAUUAUGGAAAACAAACACUGAUUUGCACCAACCUCUACACCUCUAUGCAAACAUGGACUUGAGAGAAUUUCCAUUUCAUAGCAUAUACACACAUACAUGUCACGCCUACUGUCCUCCAGUGGACAAAAAACAACAAUGCAACCAAGAAGACUCAAUCAACCCCGAUUACACCUCUAGUCACCUGAUCAAGCUGAUCUUAUGGAAAAGAACAAAACGCAAGUGUGAGUCUAAACCAAAGAAGUCAGCUUAGCCAAUCACAAACAGCCUUCGUGUCCUCUAAGAGUUGGGUGCGCCCGUCGAACACACCGGAUAUAGACUGCAGAGCUUCAGAGAUGAUGCCACUUUGCAUUAUUCUUGUGCUUCUCAGUGAAAUCUGUCAGGUGACAGCUGCUGUAAAUAUAACCUCAGGUAUAAUUCAGGACAGUGGGGUCAUAAAAGCAGGAGUUGGGGAGAAUGUGACUUUGAAAUGUGCUUGUCAAGACAAUGCUGUAACUUUCCUGUCUUGGUAUCAGCAAAGCUUGGGAGGUAAACCUCAGAUCAUAUCAACUCGGAUGAAGCACAAAAAAGAAGCGGACAUGUACCCCGGGUAUAAAGAAAGGUUUCAAGUCUCUACACAAAAUAAAGAAGGCAACAACCAUCUCACAAUCACAAACCUUCGCCCGGCAGAUUCAGCCAUAUAUUACUGUGGGAUUUUAGAAUUCAACGCAAUCGAAUUCGGACAGGGAGCUUUCCUUCACGUCAAAACGCCAACGUCCAACAUCCAAGCUGUUGUCCAUCAGCCCGAUUUUGAGCUACUUCGGCCGGGAGACCCUUUGAGUUUGAGCUGUACAGUAUACGCCGAACCGCUGUGCGAAGGGGAGCAGAGCCUCUACUGGUUCAGAAAUGGUGCAUCUCAGCCCACAGUCAUGGACCCCAGUGGAGGACAGUGCACAAGCCUCUCAUCUCAUGUGAAAAAUUGCACUGCCGACCUCACAUUAAAGUCUGCGAGCUCCUCCGAUGCCGGGAUGUACUACUGUGCUCUGGCCUCCUGCGGCGAGAUCACCUUUGGGAAUGGAACGAGAGUAGAGAUCGUAGAUGUUUCUACCAAAGUCUCCCCUCUCAUGGUGUAUUUCUUGAGUGUGGCUUUGGCAGUUUCCAUCAUCAUUCUGCUCGUCCUGGCUUUCAGCGCGUACAUGUUGAACAAAAAGCUGUGCUCUCUCUGCAAAGGAACUGUUUCUCAUCUGACAUGCUCUGCAGCCUCUGACACCAGGAGCCAAGAUGCGGACAUGCUCCAUUAUGCUGCUCUGAGUGUGAAGAGAAACAGCGAACGACAUGGUCAAGACGACAACAUGGACACUGACUGUGUUUACUCCAGAGUAAAGAGUAGAAAAGAGUCAUGUAAAACUUAACAUUCAACCUCAUGCAAGGAUUCACAUGACUAUAUGUACAAUGUAAAAUAAUGUCGAAAUAAAUAAAAUAUUUCUUUCUUUGCAGUAA